AUGCUGCUUCUCGGGUUCAAUGUGCUGAUCGCCAAGUAUCCUGCAGAGCGAGUAGCGUUUCCGAUCACCACGGCUGGCAACUCAUCAAGGAAAGCAUUUGGAGGCUUGAAUCCUCACUGGACAACCGAACAACUCGAGCCUCGGUUUGCUUACGUUCAAUAUGCGACUGAUUUUGACUACUUGUGUAAUGCGAUCAUGAACUUUGCACGACUCGACCGUUUUGCAACACAAUUCGAUCAAGUGUUGAUCUAUCCAAAGGAUUGGGAAGAGCCUGGUACAAGUCGUGAGCACAAUGCAUUGAUCAACAUUCGGAAGCUCUAUCCGCACAUCAAUCUCCGAGCAGUCGACGUCCUAUCGACCUCAAGCGGCGAUCCCACAUGGCACAAAAGCCUAACCAAGUUCCAUGCUUUCGCGCUGACUGAGUACACGCGCGUACUUAUUUUUGACUCCGACUCUAUGGUGUUGAAUAACAUGGACCACUACUUCCUCGCGCCUCUGGCACCAGUGGCUGUUCCUCGAGCCUAUUGGCUCAACGACAAGAAUUCCAAUGUCAAAGAUCAAAUGCUAGGAUCGCAUGUCAUGCUCAUCGAGCCAAAUGAGGCCAACUAUCAACUGAUCAUCAACGAGGCAACAUCAUCAGGUGCUUUCGACAUGGAAGUGCUGAACCAUUUAUUCUGGGACUCGGCGAUGAUCUUGCCGCAUCGUCGAAUUGCAUUGUUGACCGGCGAGUUCCGUAACAAGGAUCAUGAUCGGUACAUGUCCGAAAAUAAGCACGAGGAAUGGAACGCUAUGGCGGAAGUUUCCCGGGCAUAUCUUGUUCACUUCAGUGACUGGCCGCUGCCAAAACCGUGGUUGCAGCAUUCUGAUGCGCAGAUGAAGGCAGUGCAGCCCGAAUGCGAUGAAAAUGAGGUUGAGAAGAGUGAUAGGCCACGUUGUGCGGAUAGGGUGAUGUGGUUGGGUUUCUAUGAGGAUUAUUAUCACGAUCAAAAAGAGGUCUGCGCUCCGUUGACGAAUAGCUUAUAG